CAACAAGACGCACUUCGUCGAAACCAGCCACUCGUGGACAAGAGCAAGCAAAGGCCGAGUGCGUCCAUUACACUCGCGGCGUAAUAUACGCAGCGAUACGCAUGCAUGCAACCCCCCAGCAACCGAGGUGCGAUCGCGUCGGGUGCGCUUUCAUGCCCAUCACACCAAUACGGUGCGCUUUUGGGAAUUCAGUGCGGAUUUGAGGAAAAGGUGCGCUUUUACCUAUCCGGACAGGUUCGGAUAUCUUACGGAGCUUUUCGCGAAACGUGGCCCCGUCAUUUUCGAGUUGCCUUCCUCUCCGUAGCAUGCGGCUGAUCGUCUACCUCGUCGCGCUCUUGGCCGGCCUCCUGCUCGUGCUGGCUCAUGACCAUCACCAUCAUGAUCAUGACGACUACUAUGACAUCUUGGGCUUGGGUAUGGACGCGUCCGAGAGCGACAUCAAGAAGGCGUACCGUCGCCUGAGCUUGCAGUACCAUCCCGACAAGAACCCGGGGAAUGCAGACGCCGAGGCCAAGUUCCAAAAGGUUUCGCGGGCAUAUGAAGUGCUCUCCAACGUUGAGACACGGGACAUCUACGACCUCGAAGGCGAAGAAGGCUUGGAACGCCACACCAACCAGGCGGGCCGCCCCGCGAGUCCUUUUGAUGCGUUCUUUGGCGGUGGCGGUGGCAAGCCGCGCGGCCCAGACGCGACCGUGGACAUUCCCGUCACACUGGAAGAGCUCUACAACGGCGCCGAGAAGCAAGCGCGCUUCAUGAAGAAUGUCAUUUGCCGCAAGUGUCGUGGUAGUGGUGCCAAGGACGGCAAGACCAAGCCCUGCAAGACGUGCGGUGGCCAAGGCAUCGUGCUUGUGCAGCAGCAAAUGGGCCCCGGGUUCACCGUGCAAAUGCAGCAGCAGUGUCCCAAGUGCGGCGGGAAGGGCAAGACGUUCAAGCACAAGUGUCCGCACUGCCACGGCAACAAGGUGGUCGCGGAAGAGAAGAUCAUCACGGGCGUCAUCGAACGGGGCAUGCCGUCCAACCACGAAAUCGUCUUUGAGCGAGAGAGCGAGCAGCGGCCCGGUAUGAUUCCGGGCAACGUCAUCAUGCGUCUCGUCCAGCAGCCGCACAAGACGUUCCGGCGGGCGGGCGACGACCUCCACACGGAGAUCACGGUCUCACUUCGUGACGCGCUCUUGGGGUUUGAGAAAGACCUCGUGCACCUCGACGGCCGCCGCGUCAAGAUCGACGCCGACGACGUCACGAUGCCGUUCCAGGUGCGCACGCUCCAUGGCGAAGGCAUGCCGCACCACAACUUUCCCUCGAACGCCGGCGACCUCCACGUGCUCCACCGCAUCCAGUUCCCGUCGCAGCUCUCGGACGCGCAAAAGAAGCUCCUCGAGCGCCUCCUGCCAUAGACUCGAAUCGC